CCAUGAGCGCAGUGUCGGAGCGGCAGGCUGCGCUCGGCGCGCUGGAGAAGCCGCCCAGCUCGGCCAUCCUGUGCAACACCUGCGGGAAGCCGUGCAGGGGCGAGGUGCUGCGGGUGCAGAGCAAGUACUUCCACCUCAAGUGCUUCGUCUGCAAAGCAUGCGGCUGUGACCUGGCCGAGGGCGGCUUCUUCGUGCGCCAGGGCGAGUACAUCUGCACGCUGGACUACCAGAGGCUUUACGGGACCCGCUGCUUCAGCUGCGACCAGUUCAUCGAAGGCGAGGUGGUGUCGGCCCUCGGCAAGACCUACCACCCAGACUGCUUCGUGUGCGCCGUGUGCAGGUUGCCCUUUCCACCCGGGGACCGAGUGACCUUCAACGGGAAGGAAUGCAUGUGCCAGAAGUGCUCCCUGCCCACGGCGGUGGGCAGCGGCACCCACCCGGCCCAGGGCCUCUGGAGCUGCGGCGGCUGCGGCUCGGAGAUCAAGAACGGCCAGUCCCUGGUGGCUCUGGACAAACACUGGCACUUGGGCUGUUUUAAGUGCAAGACCUGCGGGAAACAGCUGAACGCAGAGUACAUCAGCAAGGACGGGCUGCCCUACUGCGAGGCCGACUACCACACGGAGUUCGGGAUCCGCUGUGAAGGCUGUCAGAAGUACAUCACCGGGCACGUGCUGGAGGCGGGGGAGAAGCACUUCCACCCGGCGUGCGCGCUCUGCGUCAGGUGCGGCCGCAUGUUCUCGGAAGGGGAGGAGAUGUACCUGCAAGGGUCCUCCAUCUGGCACCCGGCGUGUCGGCAAGCAGCCAGGACUGAAGACAAGAGCAAGAUGCAGAACCAGGUCAGCAGCCAGGCUCACCCGGGCACCACCCCCUGUGCCUUACAGGAGACCAGGACCUCCUCGGAGAGCAUCAUCUCCGCACCCGCAUCUAGCACCUCAGGAUCCCCGAGCCGUGUGAUUUAUGCGAAGCUGGGGGAUGAGAUCCUUGACUACAGAGACCUGGCCGCGCUCCCCAAGAGCAAGGCCAUCUACAACAUCGACCGCCCCGACAUGAUCUCCUACACGCCCUACGUCAGCCACUCGGCGGGGGACCGGCAGAGCUACGGCGAGGGGGACCAGGACGAUCGCUCCUACAGGCAGUGCCGGACCUCCAGCCCCAGCUCCGCCGGGUCGGUCAGCCUCGGGCGCUACACGCCAACCUCGCGGUCGCCCCAGCACUACAGCCGACCAGCUGGCACUGUGAGUGCUGGUACCAGUAGCUGCCUGUCCCUGUCCCAACACCCAAGCCCUACAUCCGUGUUCCGACAUCAUUACAUCCCCUACUUCCCAGGCAGUGAAAGCGGCCGGAGCACCCCCAGCCUCUCGGUGGUCUCCGACGGCAGACCCGCCCCCGCCACCUACCAGCAGGCGCCGCGCCACUUCCAUGUCCCAGACACUGGCGUCAAAGAUAACAUCUAUAGGAAACCCCCCAUCUACAAGCAGCAUGCCCAGAGGCGCUACGACGGGGAGGACAGCGGCCUCGACCUGGAUGGCAGGAAGAAGGCCAGCUGGCUGACGCCCAAGGGCGAGGCGGACACGAGGAUUAGCUCUCCGGACCUGGACAGCCAGUCUCUGUCCCAUAGCAGCGGGGCCGAGAGAGAUGCCCUGGCCACGUCGCACGGGGACAGCGGUUACCCACGACCCCCCUAUUCCAACUCUGACCCUCUCCCUGGACUUGGAAAGAAUGGCUUGGACCACCGGAAUGCCACUCUGGCCCCUUGUGGAGCAGACCUGGAUGCCAGCUGGGGCACGAGAGAGUACAAGAUCUACCCGUAUGACGCCCUCAUCGUCACCAACAGGAUCCGCGUGAAGCUGCCCAAGGAUGUGGACCGGACGAGGCUGGAGAGACACUUGUCCCCGGAGGAGUUCCAGCAAGUGUUUGGGAUGAGCGUGGAAGAGUUUGAGCGCCUGGCCCUCUGGAAGAGGAACGACCUCAAGAAGAAAGCCCUGUUGUUUUGAGGGGCUCCUGACCCACACCGCAGCAGAGACAGGGACCCCAGGCGGCAACCAUGCACUCCUUCCUAUUGCACCGGCUGAGGCUUGUCUGUGUGGACAGGGUGGGC